AUGGGAUCUUUUCACAAGCUGCUGAUCUGGGCCUUUGUUAUCCUCGCCGCGUUUUCCUAUCCGGGCCGGAGUUUCUACCUCCCCGGCAGUUACCCCCACAAGUACACCGUCGGCGACUACCUCAACGUCAAGGUCAACUCGUUGACCUCGAUCGACACCGAGCUUCCUUACGGCUACUACAGCCUCCCCUUCUGCCGCCCCAAGGAAGGCAUCAAGGACAGCGCCGAGAACCUCGGCGAGAUCCUCAUGGGCGACCGGAUCGAGAACUCCCCUUACCGGUUCAAGAUGCACACCAACGAGACCGACAUCUUCCUUUGCCAGACUAAACCCUUGUCGGCCCACGAGUUCAAGCUCCUGACAAAGAGGAUUGACGAGAUGUACCAGGUAAACUUAAUCCUUGACAACCUCCCCGUUAUCCGCUACACUUCAAAGGACGGGUUCACGAUGAGGUGGACCGGUUAUCCCGUGGGCGUCAAGGUGGACGGUGGCUACUAUUCAUUCAAUCACCUGAAAUUCACGGUCCUCGUCAACAAGUACGAGGAAUCUGCGUACAUGGUUGUAGGGUUCGAGGUUGUCCCCUGCAGCUUCCGGCACGAAUCCGGAAGUACCAAGAAUCUGGGCAUGUACGAAAAAUACCCAUCUCAGAUCACUUGCAAUCCCGGCAGCUCAGCCAUGGAGAUCAAGGAAAGCGAGCCAUUAACCUUCUCGUAUGAAGUGCUGUUCGAGGAGCGUGACAUCAAGUGGCCGUCCAGAUGGGACGCAUAUCUCAAAAUGGAAGGCGCCAAAGUGCACUGGUUCUCGAUUCUGAAUUCUCUCAUGGUUAUAACAUUCCUAGCCGGAAUCGUGCUCGUCAUCUUCUUGAGGACUGUUAGGCGUGACCUUGCCCGUUAUGAAGAGCUCGACAAGGAAUCCCAGGCCCAGAUGACUGAAGAGCUCUCGGGAUGGAAAUUAGUAGUAAGUGAUGUAUUCCGUGCCCCAGAAAACCCUUCCCUCCUCUGUAUAAUGGUCGGGAGUGGAGUACAGAUUCUUGGAAUGGCUUCCGUUACAAUUCUUUUCGCAGCUUUAGGGUUUAUGUCUCCUGCUUCACGCGGGGCCCUCGUGAGCGGCAUGCUGUUCUUUUACAUGGUUCUUGGGAUUGCGGCCGGUUAUUCGGCUGUUCGUCUCUGGAGGACGAUUUUCGUUGGGGAUUAUAAGGGAUGGGCAGUGCUUUCUUGGAAAGUGUCGUGUUUUUUCCCGGGCAUGGCUUUUCUCGUCCUCACGACACUGAAUUUUUUACUGUGGGGCAGUGGCAGCACUGGCGCCAUUCCCUUUUCUUUAUUUGUGAUCUUGAUUUUUCUCUGGUUUUGCAUCUCAGUGCCACUAACUAUAGUUGGGGGUUACUUUGGGGCUCGAGCGGCCCACAUCGAAUAUCCUGUCCGUACAAAUCAGAUUCCGCGUGAAGUCCCGCCUCAAAAGUACCCAUCUUGGCUUUUGGUUAUUGGGGCCGGGACUGUGCCGUUUGGGACGCUUUUCAUCGAGCUUUUCUUUAUAAUGUCGAGUAUUUGGAUGGGCCGCGUGUACUACGUUUUCGGGUUCCUCUUGAUAGUGAUGAUGCUUUUGGUGGUGGUUUGUGCUGAGGUGUCGCUUGUUUUGACGUACAUGCAUCUCUGUGUGGAGGACUGGAGAUGGUGGUGGAAGUCGUUCUUUGCGUCGGGAUCGGUUGCUAUUUAUAUAUUUAUUUACUCGGUUAAUUACUUGGUUUUUGAUCUCAAGAGCUUGAGUGGGCCUGUCUCUGCAACUCUUUAUCUCGGGUAUUCAUUGCUGAUGGUGGUGGCCAUUAUGCUCGCCACUGGUGCGGUUGGGUUUUUGUCGUCGUUUUGGUUUGUGCACUACCUUUUCUCGUCCGUGAAGCUGGAUUGA